CAUCUACAACUAUCUUACAUUGAGUCCUCUAUAAGUAAAUCAUUCGAAUUAUGACCAAGAGAUUGACCGAGAACGCGUCAAGGCCUCAUUGGCCGAUAUACGCCACCUUUCCUGGGUCUUUCAGCCUCGUUGGCAUCCCAAAGCCUCAGCACUUCUCCCACUCGAACACCCCGCCUUUUACUUCUAUCCUGACAGAAAUUCAUUAGAUUCAUUGUCUUCAUUCAAACUUGCAAUGUCUGACAAGUUGAAGUGCUCGGCCGCGUUCCCCACAGUCCCAUCAUAUCCAGAUAUCUCUGGUAUCGGGGUGGUGCUAGGCUACGCGAUAACCGGUUUCCUCGUGGUUGGCGUCCUUACUGUCUAUUAUAUCUUCGCCUUUCGACCGGAGCUGGAUCCAUUCAGAAAGGAAGAUAAGCCUUCUGAAAGUGAAGAAGAGACCCCUUUUCGGCCGAAUCCUAUAGACAACUUGAUAUGCCAAUCACUGGAAAAGAUUCGAAUACGGGCCUCCAAAUCGAAAGGAAUCAAUCAGCGUCUCGAGACGGCCUUGGCUAAGUUUGUCCUCAGCAUGAGCGACCUUCAGAUAAUGAACGGACUGUCUAUCUUGAUCACUGGAUAA